UUUCUGCACAUGUGAAUCUUUUGUGUAUGGUUUCGUUACUCCUCUAUCAGUAAUGUUUGAGUAUUUAUGGCGAAGCAGAGUGUAGAAAUUAUAACCUGCCAUUUUAUGUGUAUUUCCGCUUGACUCGUUCGAAGGAAAGGACGAUCAGAAACCCUUCGCCAAGCACGUGUCCGAAACAGACUAGCUCAGCUGAGUUAAUUUCAUGGUACAUAACCCGUGUCAUAAAGGGAAUAGUCUUUUUCUUUGGAUAUAGAUCAUGAGAAAUCUUGAACUGCUGAGGAGUUUUCCAGUGCUGGAGUUGGAAGGAACUGAGGACCCAUUUUGUUUGUCAGUGGAUUGUGAUUGUGGAGUUAUUUACACUGCAACAUCUACUCACAUAAAAGGCGUCCAGCCCUCCACUCAUCAGGCUGUAAGUUCUGUUUCACUUGUAUCCGAUGGGUACCUGCCAGAAGAUGGUAGUGGCUGUGUUAUUGGAAUGCAGCACUUGCCAGACUUGGAAUCUGUAUGUGUGGCCACUGCAAAAGGAGAUGUAAUUCUUUGGAAUACAGUUACUGACCAGGUUGAAUGUGUUGGCAGCGUGGACAGUGGGCUCAGGUGUAUGGAAUGGAGUCCUGAUCAAGAGCUUGUGGUAUUCAUGACAGGAGAAGAAACUCUUAUCAUAAUGACAAAGGAUUUUGAUGCCAUUUGUGAGUUCCCUUUUCACUCAGAGGAGUUUGGUGAAGAAAAACCAAUCACAGUUGGUUGGGGAAAAAAAGAAACACAGUUCCAUGGGUCCCAAGGCAAACCAACAGCUGCUGAUGUACAGGAACUUAUUGCCAAGCCUGCUGCAAGUUGGGAUGACAGGAAACCAAGAAUCAGCUGGCGUGGUGAUGGACAAUUUUUCGCAGCUAGUGCAAUCCAUCCUUUGACAGGUGCAAGGAAAUUGAGAGUGUGGAAUAGGGAAGGUGUACUUAGCUCUACAAGUGAAAAUGUUGAUGGAUUGGAACAGGCAUUAUUUUGGAGACCAUCAGGCAGCUUAAUAGCUUCAACCCAGCGCAAGCCUCAUAGACAUGAAGUGAUUUUCUUUGAGAGAAAUGGCCUCAGACAUGGAGAAUUUGUGCUUCCUUUUGGCAAGAUGGAAGUUCAGGUAAAUAGCAGUUAAUGGUUUACACUGUAACAUCAAGAAACUGGUCAACCGCAAGAAUUUGUACCAAAGUCUUAUGUUCAGUUGUGGACUGUGAAUAAUUAUCACUGGUAUCUGAAGCAGCAAUUGGAAUUCCCAGCAUCUGCUAAACAUAGAGUGGCCUGUCUUUUAUGGGACCCAGAGGCUGCCCUAAGAAUGCACAUCAUGACGAGAGGAGGUCAGUACUUGAGUUAUGAGUGGUGUUGGAGUACAGUUCAUAGUGAAGGGGCUAGUGAACAAAACAUGUCCACUGUAGCAGUAAUUGAUGGAGCUAAGUUGUUGCUGACUCCAAUGAAACACAUGGUGGUUCCCCCUCCAAUGUCUGCCUAUGCCCUGGACCUGCCAUCCCCAGCGUCCACCAUCAGCUUUGCUCCCCCCACACACUGUAGUGAUAUGGCAGUUAUGAUGUCCAAUGGCAAGAUGGCAGUCUUCAAAUUAUUGACAGAAAAUGGCGUAAAAGAAGUGUUCAGGGCACCUGGCAAAGCCCCAAAACUUGUUGGCAUUUACAGUAUAGACACCAAAGACUUUCCAACAGUAUGGACAGGAGCCUUGUGUUGGCGGCAGAUGAUUUGGUGGAAGGACUGCACCCUAAUCGCAGUUGGAUGGGAUACCAUGAGUCAGAAAGACAUUGUUUGUGAAUUAGAGAUCUCUGCAGAAGAUGGGGCUAAUAGCAUUGCUAUCAGGCGCACCACUGAAACCGACACGCCAGUCCUUCGUCUUUGUGCCCGUCGUCACACUGAGUCUGUAUUAGUGGAGCUCAUCAAUGGAAACUUACUUAGUUACACUUCAGAUUCAAGCCAGGCCAAAUUAUCACCAUGGUUUAACAGUCGAGGACUUGAAAUCUCUCUCCCUCAACCGUGCCAGUGUGUAAAAACAGCCUUAGUGGGAGAUGAGGAAGUCGUUCUGGGAUUGACUGAACACUCAAGGUUAUAUGCGAAUAACAAAGAGGUGGCUUCAAACUGCUCUUCCUUCGCUGUUCAUGAUGAAUUUCUUCUUCUAACAACGCAUGCGCACACGUUGCGUUGUAUAAGUCUUUUACCAACCACGCGAGGUUUGCCAGUUUUGAUUGAAGAUAAACCGCAUCCUUUGGAUGAAAACAUAAGACGCGUCGAGAGAGGUUCACGGAUAGUGGUCGCUGUUACUCAAGAUACGAAAGUUAUUUUGCAGAUGCCUCGUGGAAAUAUAGAGACUAUUCAUCCUCGAUCGCUAGUUUUGUCGUAUUUACAGAAAUGUUUAGACAGUCUCAGCUAUGGAGAGGCCUUUACCGUCAUGCGCCGUCAUCGGAUCAAUCUUAAUUUGAUACAUGACCACAAUCCCAAGCUUUUCUUGGAAAAUUUGGAUAAAUUUGUGAGUCAUGUGGAAUCGGUAAAUUUUAUCAACCUAUUCCUCACGGAUCUUAAAGAGGAAGAUGUGACUACCACGAUGUAUUCUGAUUAUUAUUCUGAAUCAAAACAGACCCCUGUUGCGUCUCUGGGUGAUGAGUUAAGUAAAGUUGAUCGAGUUUGUGAUGCUGUGCGCGCUGCCUUGGAAGCUGUUGGCCAUAACAAGUACCUUCUGUCCAUCCUAACCACGUAUGUGAAGAAGAAUGAUCCAGAGUUAGAGAAAGUUUUGAUGAUCAUCAAAGAUUUAAAAGCCAAUCCAGUAAAUACAACAGAAACCGAACGAGUUACGUCAGAGGAAGCCCUUAGAUAUGUUCUCUUUCUGGUAGACGUCAAUCAAAUGUAUGACGUAGCACUGGGAAUGUACGACUUUGAAUUAGUACUUAUGGUCGCUGAAAAAUCGCAGAAGGAUCCUAAAGAAUAUCUCCCAUUUUUAAAUAAUCUACGGAAAAUGGAGACAAAUUUCCAGCGUUUCAGCAUAGACAAAUACCUUAAGCGCCACACUAAAGCUAUUCAACAUCUUAGUUUGUGCGGGCCAGAACAUUUUGAUGAGCUUGUUUCACUUGUGAAAGAGAACUGUCUAUUCAAGGACGCGCUUAAGCUUUAUGGGAAAUCCAGCCAGGAGCACCGGGCUUUAUUGGUUGCAUAUGGCGAGUACCUUGUUCAACAGAAAAGACACGAGGAAGCCGGACUAGUAUUUACCAGUUGUGGAGCUCACGAGCAAGCUCUAUCAUCAUUCCAGAAGAGCGGAAACUGGAGACAAGUGUUUUGUAUGGCUUCUCUGUUGCAGCACACCGGUGAACAAGUGGUAUCAUUGGCCAGAACAGUUGCAGGUUAUCUGAAAGGACAUAAGCGUUCCCUUGAAGCCUCCAGAGUCUUGGAAGAAUAUGCAAAGGAUCCUGAGGAAGCCAUUGCUGUUCUUAUCGACGGAAUGCAGUGGGAAGAAGCUCUGAGAUUGAUGCAUAAACAUGAUCGGACAGAUAUUGUGGAGACACAUUUGAAAGGCGCGUUGGAAGAAGCCCAUAACCACCAUUUGAGUUCCAUACAAGAACAGGAGGAGCUGUUCAAUAAAUACACCAAGCGACUGAAAGUUGUCAGAGAAUUGAAAGAACAGCAAAGUGUAGAAUAUCAAGAGAGUGGACUGGCGCGAGAUGAUACGGACCUGUUCUCCGACACGAGCAGCGUAGGCGAUAACUCGGAGUAUGCCUCUAGCACCAGUUCCCGUGGGUCAAGAUCAACCGGGCGAUCCUCCAAAAAUCGAAGAAAAACUGCACGAAAGAUGUACAGCUUGAAAGAGGGAAGUAGAUUUGAGGAUUUAGCCUUGAUGGAAGCACUUUCUGACAUUAUUCAAACCGUUCACAAGACCACAGACGACAUGGCGUCCUUGCUCAAGAUGUUGGUUUUGUUUGAUCAUGCGGAACAAGCUACCGUCCUUCAAACCAACUUUGAAAAGCUAAUCUCAAUGAUAGAAUCAUCGAUCGGCGUUAUCUGGCCCCCAGAGGAAAGCUCCAGCAAUUCAAGUCAAGUUUCCCAGAUCACAGGUCCAGGAGCUACUGUUAACAGCAUCAUUGCAGCGAUGAGAAGUGAUCAGAAUACGACGUUAAAUAAGCCAAGAGAUGAACUGCAAAGACCAAAACCUCCUCCCUUUAAAAUAGCAACGAACUGGAAGCUUGACCAACUCCUGUCAUAACGAAAGGCAAAUCGUCCCCGAGAAAAGGAGAAACAGCGUGUUUCACGAGGCUUGAAGUUCAGUGCUCCUCACAAGCAACGCUCUUAUUUCAAGGACGUAAUGAACUUUUGUCAAGGAUUACAGAAAGUAAGCAAGCAAUAGAUAGGGAGAAAGAUCAAAAGUAAUAAAUGUACGUGGCAGGCAAGAAAGCGACAAUUGCGAGAAUGAAAGAACACAGAAGUGAAACGACACAAGACAAGAAGAGUUGUUUUCCAAGCUCUUUAUAUCAAUUGAGUUAAACACUUUAUGGCUGAUGUCAAGGCAUGAGAGAAUUCGAAAGCUGGCAAUAAAUUAAUAAAUGAACUCCA